CGGAAAUAAGAACUAUAAGAAACCUGAGAGUGCAGGUGCAAUGCCCUCCCGUUGAGAUUAGACGACUAGCACGCAACCUCACUCACACUGCUCUUCCCAUUGUCUCACUAUGGACCUGCCAUUUCUAUUUCUUUGUAUACUGUUUGAAGUCCUGGCUGUAAAAUGUCAAGAGCCGGCACAGGCACGUAUUGUCGGAGGAUAUGCACCAGUUCCACAUUCAAUCAAAUACAUCGUGUCCAUACAGACAACCCAGCGUCAGCACUUAUGUGGGGGCUCCUUGAUAAAUAAGUACUGGGUAAUCACAGCAGCACACUGUAACAUUGGGGUAGAGAAAAUGAUGAUCAUAGCAGGAGACUACUCUCUGACCAUCUAUGAGGGAACAGAGCAAGAAAUCCUGCCUGAACUUUUGGUUCCCCAUCUGGAGUACAACUACGCCACCAACAACAAUGACAUUAUGCUUAUUAAGCUAAGGGCCCCGGUGUAUCUGAACGCCUACGUCUCAAUCGCUCUACUGCCCCGAUCUGGCGCCUCCAUCGCGGAGGGCAGAUUGUGUCGAGUGUCAGGCUGGGGACACACCAGCCCCAGUGGAGGCCAGAUCCCCUCCACCCUUCGCACCGUCACGCUGCCCAUCGUCUCCACAGAAAAAUGCAACAGCAGUGAGUCCUUUAACGGCGACAUCACAGAAAACAUGCUCUGCGCUGGUUUCAGUACUGGUGGAAAGGAUGCCUGUCGGGGGGACUCUGGUGGCCCAUUAGUAUGUGAGGGCCGGGUCUAUGGUUUGGUGUCCUGGGGGAGAGGAUGUGCUGAUGCACAGUUUCCUGGAGUCUACACCGCUGUGUCCAAGUUCCGCAGGUGGAUAGACAACACCAUAUUUAGCUACUACAGAAAGUGUAAAAAGGAAUAAAUGAUGUUACUUCAGAUUUAAAAAAAAACACUCAGUGGAGACUUAAAGUUCUUAAUUUCAAUUCUUUGAUUUAAUAUGUUCUUUUUACCAUUUGUGCACAUUUAAUUAUAUGUCAAUGUGUUAAAAUAAUAGUUUGGGAAUUAAACUUACAGUAUUUGUUUUCUAGCUGAGAGAACAGAUGAUUGUUACCACUCUCUCUCAAAAUGUUUGAAUGAAACCGUUAUCAAGCUCGUCUAUUUAUCAUCUGUUGUUCAACUGUUUAACGUAUUCCAAAAGCAAAACAAGCAACCAACUCUAGUAAAAAAAAAAGGACAUAUUGACCACAUUUCAACAACAUCAAGAACGAGGUGCCAUAUCACUGCUUCAAUUUCUCAGUGCUCAUGGAGAACUAUUUGAGAUGCUAUAAACAAGUGCAUGCAUAAUUGAACUGGUACUAUCCUGCACAAAAUCAAAGAUCACAUGAGCGUUCAAUGAUUGUUCACAGGCGAUCGACACAAUAACAGCAACAGCUGUACAAUAUAAUGCAAUCCAAUACAAGAGCCCUGCAAAACACCAUAUUUGUGAAGCUUGCCAUGUUUAACUGGAACUGAAACAAUUUGGAAAAAACAACUAUUUUAAUAAUCAAUUAUUCUAAGCAAGUAUUGGAUGGUUACUGCUUCUCAAAUAUGAGGGUCGGCUAAUUUACCUUGUCUUACAUAAUGUUACUAUAGAUGUUUUGUUGGGCUUGAGAAAAAUUGUGGUGGGCAUUGUUCAUUAUUUUCUGACGUACCAAUUAAUGAAUUAUGGAAAUAAUCAUUGAUUCACUGAUAAUGAAAAUUAUUGUUUACUGCAGGAAAUUGUUGAAUAAAGCUUGGGUAGGCCGUUUUCAUUCAGUAACCUGUAUGAGUAUUAGCCAUUCAUUUCAAUCAUCUCAAUCAUAAUUGUGAUCCUGAUGCAGUUAUAUAGGGGCAAUUCUGUGAGAAUUACCGUCCUGUUUUCUUUGCAAACUUGUGUGCCUGUUUAGCUCUUUGAGAUGACAUACUGGGAUUCAAAGCUGUAGCUAGCAACAUGAACAUGAACUUGAAUUAGCCACGGUUGUAAGAAUUUGGCUGCCGUCAGCAGAAGGCUGUGCAAUUAGUGACAUUUUCUUUUCAUCUCUGAAUUACUUUGCCGGUAUUGACACACAUUUAUUGCGUUUAUUGUCAGACUCUCUUUUUAAUGUAGGCGGUGUAGGCAGUUAUUGCCAAUGAUGGAAAAACAACUUUUCCUGCAGGACCUUCCACCAUUGAAUCAGGCUUGCACCAUCUGCAUUUGUAUGACAGCUAAUAGAACGCUCUCUCUGAAAUGACCCGCAAUUGGCCUAAGUCUGCUGUCCCGGCCUAGAUUUUCUAACAGGCUGAAAAUAGAGCCAAGAGGAGGUACAGAAGUUUUUUUUCUCAAGCCACUUAAAUAACAAGAAGCUGAAAGGUUAUUAUGGAAUUACUUCCCAAUGACAAAAAGAGAAAAAAACUAUAGGCUCAUUUUUUUACACCCACGUUGUUUGUGGGUUUGUUGUACUGGAUUGCAAAACCAAACAUCAAAUGGUAGAAUAAAUGCUUUUGAUCAACUCUAUUAAUAUUGAAUAAAGGCACAAAUGAUGCACAAAUUGAUGGAUUUAUUCCUUACAGUCACUUUUGCUCAAUAUGAGACCAUUAAUACCUAGAGAAUUUUUCUCAAUCUGAGUGUGGU